GGGCACCAUCUCACCUCAUCCGCAACAACGCUGGCAGUUUAUUAACCAAACAACCGUCGGCUAAGAAACUGACCAUUCCUUCCGAAUAAAUCUCGUCUUUGUUCUUAGGUUACUUCCAUCCUCUUCGUCGCGCAAAGGAAUCAGAAGGAAUAAUCAGGAAGAGCUCAAAUUUGAAGUUAAAAGGAUUUCCAGGUUCGAGUAUUUCUGAAAGAAUGGUUGGCUUUAGCGGCGAUGAAACUGCUCCCUUCUUCGGGUUCCUUGGCGCCGCAGCGGCGCUUGUUUUCUCCUGUAUGGGGGCGGCCUACGGAACUGCAAAGAGCGGCGUAGGCGUGGCCUCGAUGGGGGUCAUGCGGCCGGAGCUUGUUAUGAAGUCAAUUGUGCCCGUGGUCAUGGCUGGUGUUCUCGGUAUCUAUGGAUUGAUUAUUGCGGUUAUUAUUAGCACGGGAAUUAAUCCCAAGGCCAAGUCUUAUUAUCUAUUUGAUGGAUACGCUCACCUCUCUUCCGGUCUUGCAUGUGGUCUUGCUGGGCUAUCAGCCGGCAUGGCUAUUGGGAUCGUUGGUGAUGCUGGCGUGAGGGCUAAUGCUCAGCAGCCAAAACUCUUUGUAGGCAUGAUACUUAUUCUUAUUUUUGCCGAAGCACUCGCCCUCUACGGUCUCAUUGUUGGCAUCAUCCUCUCAUCUCGGGCUGGUCAAUCUCGUGCGGAUUAACAUAAAACAAGUUUGUAGGCUGUAUCCUUGCUUUGCAUCUGUAGACUGAUUCCAGCUUUGUGAUCUAUAUCAUCUGUAUUUAUUAAUUGUUACCGAGAGCUUCUUGUCUGCUUGUUGUUUAUAGAUUUGUUGUGUCUUUUUGGGAGUAUCAUUAUCAAAUGAAGCCUUUCAUGAUGCAUUUGACAAUCUUAUCAGUAAGAGGGUUGUGGCAUUGGUUACCAAAACUAUUGACUGUUAUGGUUUGGAUCUCUGUUCAAA